CUGGAGCAAGAUUCCAACUUUACCAAGGUGCAGAUAUACCCAAACAAAGUGAAGAAAACUUUUGUUAGUCCCUUAACCUUUAAACUCGGGAGAAUUUUCCUUCACGUGAAUGGAGGGGCUUAAUUGAUCCUACUCUUUGUUAAUAAGAAAUUUUUGAAAUGGGGAUUGUUGUAUCCAAAGAGAGUCGAAAUCGAACUAAGAAAGUUCAGCAAACUGCAGCUGUCAUGACAGCUUUAAAGUUAGCGUCUAAAGAGUCUAAAGAGUCUACAGAAAAAGACAGCCCCACCACCGGUCAAGCACAGGCAGGUCAAACGAGUCAGAUCUUGCAAGAAACGAAAAAUCAUAAGGCGACUGAUGAACAUCUAGAUUUCGACAGGGAGCACACAGCGAACUUGAAUAACGAUAAGUCUUCUAUUACAUAUGGUCUCCCUGAGUUAGACGCGGCAGACCAUCUUGCUUACAGCAGUGGAACUACAGGAUACUGGGACAAAAGUAACAAGGCUGUUAUCGGUAUUCCAUACUUUGGCGCCUGGAAACACAGGGUAUGUAGCAGCCAGAUUGCAAGAGAAAGGAGGGAGAGGGGGGGGCAGGGGCAGGGGCGGGAUCCCUCUACAUUAUGUGUCUGUUGCUGAGUACGGAUUUUAUCGGCAAAUCGUAAGGAGAAUUCCUUUUAAAAAAAAAAAAAUUGGCUGUGAAGUCCAUCAGUGAUUUGACAGUUAUUUGUUGAAAAUGUGUCCUGCAUGAGAGAAGCAAUUUUUUUUUUACAGUAGCUACAUGAUUUCACCAAAGAUUUUCAACAUUUACUAAGAGAGAGUGACCACCAAUAAACCUACUGGGCAACACAGGUUGCCUGUUCUUAUUAAAAAACCUAUUUGGCCACAAGGUCAGUCAACAACAUAGCCACCAGAAGUGUGACAAGGAACGGCCCCCCUUAAAAGAGUGGAGUUCCUCUCUUCUCUUCUCAGUCCAUGAGAAGACCAGGGUGGGCAGCAGGAAAAGGGUUUUCUUCUGAAUAUUCUACUCAUUAAAAAGAAGAAAGGAGCUUUGGAGAAAAGAAUUCUAUUGCCAAAUAAAAAAAAUAGAGACCCCUUAACUCAACUACAACCUAUCAAUAACUUAUCAUUAAAAACAAUUUGAAACUUUUUGCAAAUGGAUUGAAUCUGGGACAGGAUAAGAAAAAAUGUUAAGCUCCGAGGUGCUAACCAGAGAUUUUGUAAAAUCUUAAUUUCCAACAUAAGUGAUAAAAAAAAAUUGGUGAAAUUCUCACUCAACAAGGCCUGGUUGUUACAAGGCUAAUUAUAUAAUUAUGUAGCUCUAACUCAAGGUUAAAUUGUAAUCUGGGUUUCUUUAUUCCUUUGUUCAAAAGCCUUUUUGGGAUAAUUUUUCCAUUCUUUUAAGAGCAUCUAGUUAUCAAAUUGCAGACAAAAAAAUAUUCAUACUAAGUUUUCUUUUAGAGCUUUCAGAUCUGAAAUGUAAUUUCAUACUAACCCUGGGUUAUCUCAACCCAGCUUUGAACAACAUAUGGCCUAAAUUGCCUUAACAGCUUGGGGCUAUGAAAAAGUUGUUCUUUUUUUCAUCUUGCCUUGUGAACAGAGUGAUUGUCUGGGUGAGGGUAGUUCUUGAAAAGGAUUGUUGUCGAUGAUGGUGACUUACAUUAAACCAAUCAAGCUAGAAGCUGUUUACACUGAGAGUUCCAAAGGUUGACCUCUCCCAGGCUGUCAGUAGAUCAAGAUAAUUUGAUUUUAUCACCUGUAUUGCUAAUAUGAAUUGGCCUCUGUAAAGAGUGUCCAAAGCUGACUUUUUAAGCAUUAGGCCUUUGUCAGAGGGUCAGCCUCAUUGUCUUACACAAUAGUUGUUGUCAUAACUACUCUCAUCUGUCUGAUCACACUCACUGAUCUGCUCUUUUUAUUUUGUUUUUAAAUGAUAGUACCAUCGACAUCCUCUUCAUUUUGUCAGUUCAUCUAAUUAUAUACCUAAACAUGCAACCCCCCAGAUAAUACUUUGCCUUGUUUUUAAUGUAAACAAUGAAAUUUCAACCAGAAGGAACAUACUACUAUUUCAUAUCCACCAAUCCUACUUUGAAAUGCAAUAUAAAUGAUUGGUAAGGACUGAAACAUACCUUAUCUAUUUUUCAUUAUUAAAUAAAAGUACACAUGAAGAAAAUUUACUCUUAGCUGAAUCAUAAACUUAUUGGAAUUAAUUCUGAUCUUGAAAGGGAAGAAGUGCAUAAAGGAAAGACAAAGUAAUAUGAUUUCAUGAAUGUGUUGUCAAUUACAAAAAUCAGGUGUGUAACUGAACAAUGACUAUGGUUUCUUGUUGACCAUCACGUAGUGUUAGGACAGUGAUAGUUUUACUAACUACUUUUUAACUGGCUUUUCUUAGCAAGUGGACUUGUUACAAAAAUAGAAAAUUUUGUCAUGGUGCAUUUCUAUCUCCAGGGUGUAAUUCAUCACCAGGUAUAGUUUAAAGGCUGUUUGUAAACAUUGUCCAGAGGAUUAUCAAGUUCAGUUUCUUAAGGUAAAAUUGAUUUCCUUGAAUUUUAUAAUCCAUAUACUGAUGUGAAUGUAAAGUAAAUUUUAAUUUGAAUCCUUUCCUUUUUGUUACGGUAAUUCUUAUUUUUAAAAGAAUGAUACUAUACCUCUAAUAUACUGAUAAGAGUUAAACAAAGGAAAUUAAAUUUGAACCAAAGGUGAACUUAAAUCACAGCUUAGUUUUAAAUUAAGUGACAAUGUAUUUCCUGAUUUUAAACAGAGUCACAACAUUCAUUUCAUAAGCUCAGUACAAUUGAUUUUCCAAUGCAAUUAAAAAUGCCUCUUGUAUUUUCAAUUACACUAGGUGGAGAAUGAAGAACUCUGCUCCCUAUGUGGUGUUUAUACUGGUGUUGAAGUCCAUCCUUGCCAUGUCUGUUGUAAAGUAUUUCAUGAGCUCUGCUUAAAGAAGAAAGGUAAACUCUAUGGGAAGACAGAAUUAGAAGCCUUCAGGAAAGCAAACACAGACAAAGGAUGGAGUUGCCAUGAAUGUGUGAGCCUCCAUUUAUAUUUUGCAAUGACUGUGUACAAAGUAAUAAGUAGAUAUGAACCCAGCUAACAUAAAGACAAAACUUACAGGAUGGCUUGGAUUAUUAUUUGUGAUGCUCCUCACUAGUCAAUUCUUUACUGUGGGUUGUUCCCACAUUUUUACAUGAACACUUAAAUUUUAAUCAGUAUAUUCAUAGUUGUCUUCACCAAGACAUUUAGUAUCAGGAUUCUCCAAUAGUUUUUCCAACAGGAGAGAUGACAAUAUUUUGCACUAUUGUUGUCUCACUUUUACGACCUGUAUUUUGAUGAAAAUUAAAGUUGAUGAUAGGUCACUGAAAUGGAUCCCUCAAACUCCAAAAUAGUGUUUAAUGGCAAAUUUUGUUCAAUUUUAUGUGAUUUCUUUACAAUCAUAGCAUAGACAAUGGAAAAUAUAAUUGAAUUAUUUUCACUAUAAUUGGAAACUGGAACAAGUGUCCUAAUCAACUGUAGCAAGUUAUCAGAAGACUUAAAAAACUCCUGACAGCCAGAAAUAACAAUGAAAAAGCAAAACAGAUAAAGAUGGAAAUUAAAAUUUUAAAUACCUUCUGUUGUACUUCUGAGUGUUUUCCUCUUAAUUAUUGCAAACAACACAAUUUUCAAGAUAUCAUUGUAGAUAUUGCAAGGUGUUAUGUUAAACCUUGACAGUCUUUCUCUUACCUUCUGUUACCUAGUCAAACAAAAAUUAGGAAGGCAAAUGACUCAAUUCUGGCACAGUUUUCAUGCAACAUAUCCCCUCAGAAAAAGAUGGAGCCUGAUUUCCUACCACUGAAAUAAAGGCAUACAUCAUUCAAGGAAACUUGAUGAACUUUGCUUUUAUUCAUUGAAGGACCAAAUUUGUACAUCUGCUACCUUGACACCCUGAGGUAACUCUUUAAACAGAAAACUGGAAACAUCCUAGUUGGAUGCUACAUGAUUUACAUGUAGUUGGUCUUAGGACCUCAAGCUCUCUAUGAAGAAAUUUUGAUGGAUCUUUUGCUGCCAGAUAAGCUCACUUUUGUCAUUCAAUGCAAUAAGACUUUCAAAUAUUCAUGAACAAACUUUGUGCUUUAUUAAACUUCUGUUGCCCUGGAUAUGUUUGACAGAAAUAAGGGAUUGAUAUUUUGAUCAGGUACUAGCUAAUUUGUUUACUGUUUUAUUACCUCAAAAUGGAUGGAUUGCUAUUCAAAGUUGAUUGUUAUUUUGAGACACCAAUAUUGGCAGAAUAGGGAGAAAAAACAGUCUCAUAAUGGACUUCAUCCCAUAAUAACUUCUCCAAGUACAAGAAGAUAUUGUCUCCCUACUAGCCAGAAGUACUUUGUGUUGCUGUGUCUCAAAAUCUCAAUUAGGUUAUUGGGUGACUUGAGUCAAUUAGCUAUUUGGGGUUGAGAGGUUUAGUACAAUUUGGCAUCUUUUCUUUUAUAAUGGAACAGGCUAAUGCCUAUCAUAUUGCAGAUAAUUAAUACUAACAUUACCUCAAUGUGAACCUACAGUCAUCAUGACAUUAUAUAUUUGUAACUAAAAUAAUUCUUCUUUUCACCAGGAAAGUUUAACAUCUCUAUUAACUGAUGAAGAAAUGCAACAAUUGAUAGAGAAUUUUGAUAGGUUAGAUGUCAAUCAAGGUAAAUACAAUGAUGUGUAAUUUCAAAAACCUUAUUUCGUGGUGAUCAUGAGAAUUUUUGCGAGGUUCAUCAUUUUAUUGUUAUGUGUGGAGUUAACCAACUCAGCAUCUCUGACUGACAAAAUUUAUUUCAAACAUGAAAUACAAUGUAGAACCUGGGAAAAUGGAAAAAGUCUCACUGGGUUUUUUAUUCCAGCCAUUAUGAAUUCUAUUAGCUUCUUGUAUUCUGUACAUUGUGUAUUGUUGCUUGCUUUUGCUGACACAAUGUUACAUACCAGUUAUCAAGUUUGGGUUGGAAAAAAAACAACUUUGGUGAGAAGUCUGAAAAUCAAUUUGCAUGUAAACAAAACUUUGUAUGAGCUCUGCUAUUACAGACAGUUAAUAAGUUUUGCAUUACAUACUAUUACAUGACAAUAAUUCAUGUAAUGGGAAAUGAUUACCAAGCUAGGUAAUGAUCUGACCAAUCAAUUGCCUUAUUUAUGAAAAUAUGUACUCAGGUACCCAUUUGCAGUGAUUUUUCGGUCUUCAGGUUGGAUAAUUUUUUAUGUAAAUGCCACAAGAUACUCCAAAGAAAUAUUUUAUGCUCACUACAAAAUCAUGUACCUGAGGUGUUGUUACCAUGGAUACAAUCAAUUAAUAGGAAGGACUGAAAUGCCAAUCAAGCACAAAUUUUAUUGUUUGUAGUUUUACUCAUUACUGUAACACCAGGAUUGAGAUACAAAGCCAAUUACAAUUUUAAGUUGCCAGUUCUGCUUUUCAGGCUUCUUAGGAUAUAUCAUAUUUUAUGAUUAAUAUAAUGUAAAUUGAGCUUCCAGCUGACCAAUAAUCUAAUGAAUUAUUUUCAGAUACACAAAUAAAUGAGGAUGAGUAUGUUCGAUACCAUACAGCCCAGUACAAAGACAUUCACAAUGAAAAAAUGCCAAGCUACAUGGAAGAGGAGACACACAAUGAGGUAAAGGAAGCAGCAGAAAUGCAACAAAAAUUAUCUUGAGCAAAGAUUUUUUUUUUGUCUCAAUCACGAUGAUAAUUAUUGCAUGAAAAACUUUUAUCCUUGCAUCAAUCUAAUAUCAACAUGAUUCUUAUCAGAACUGCAAGAAUUAAUGAAGGGUGUCACAAGAUAUUCUUCAAAACUAAUUUUGUCAUUGUGUUUGAAUCAUAAAAUGAAAAAUACUGCCCUCUUUUUUUACAAGCAGGACUGGAUGAAAGGUUUAUGCAAAGUAAAGGAAAUAAACUUUUGCCCACCAAAUGUUCUUAUAUUCUAAAAAUUUACAAACAGAGUACUUAUUGUCUUUCCAUGUGGGUCAUGUAGUCAGAGUUUGCAUAACAAAAAAGUUUAAUUAUCAUAGUCCUAAACUAAUCAGUCAAUUUUUUAUUUAAGUUUAAACAAAUAGACAAGGAUCAUACUGGUACUAUUGACUGGUGGGAAUUCCUUAACCAUCAGGCUCUUAAAAGUAUUGCAACAAACAGGAGUAAGGUGAGAAGACUGGAAAACAUUUCAAUUGGUAGCUAUGUUACAAAUUGUCCUCUGACCACACAGUUCUUGGAAUUUGACAUUAAAGCUUGUGAUGGAGUUACAAGACAACAAUUUGUGUCAGUUAUGAUACUUAGAUUAAUUAAGUUUCUAUGUUUGAUGCAAGAAUUAUGUCUUCCUUGUCAUCAUUUACUGUUUGUUCAUCAUAUGAUAUUAUUUCAGGUGUGAUGAGAUUUUGUGAUCAUGUUUUCAGUUUCAGUUAGUAAGGAUGUUAUCACCUCUUGAGAUACAAAAGGCCAGAGAUAUUUUUCAUGCGUUUGAUAAGGAUGAAGAUGGCUACAUCAAUUCCCAUGAGGUUGCUGUUGGGUUUACCAGAUGGUUUGGCAACUUGAGGCUACGUGACCACAGCAGUACAGGAACAGGGUAAGACAGUUACUUAUUUAAAAGAAGAUUAAUUAUUUGAAACCUGUUGGCAAUACUAUGUUGCACCUAGGUUCUGCAUUGAGUAAAUUCCUUGUGGCUAGUUAGGUUAAUUUGUGCCUUAGUUUUUAAUCCUUUCUGGAAGCUUUGUUCCUGAAAAAAAAACUGUUAAUGAGGAGAUGUACUUGUAAGGUAUGUUUGUUGCUAAGCAGAGAUGGAAGCAGUUCAUUUGGAAGACCUCUUGAUCCAAAGGAUGUUUCUGGGCACAUUGAUCGUCACUCAAGAAUAUUCAUGGAUGCUGAUACUGAUAAUAACAGGUACUGAAUAUUCUGUUAACUCCUUUUUCAUUAAAGAUGAGGGCAAGUGGUGUUGUCAGCUUUUUAGGAUGGAAACUUUUAAAAUUUCACAACAAUGCUGAAAUUGGAUAGCAUUUGUGGAUGUGAUAAUAUUUCAUAUUCUGAGUGUCCUGAUUCCUCCCUUUAACAGUGUUAUUUAGAGCGGCCACUUAUCAAUAUUUACUAAAAUGCAACUGAGAAGACCCAAAUAAUAUCGAAAAAAUUUGGAAAUGUAUUCUUUGCAAUAAUUGGCUCAGUAAUUUCUGCUUGAACCAGUGGAAAGGAAGUACCUCUAAAGGUUGCUUUUUUGUGCGUGGAAAGCUUGUGUCAAAUGUUGUGUACAAAUUUUUACUUUCAGACAUGGUUUAAAGAUUUAACAAAAGUAACAGAGAAGUUACAAUUCAUAGACCUACAUUACAAUUCAUGGAUCUAUCAAUUGUAACUUCUCAGUUACAUUCAUUCAAUCUUUAAACCAGAGUAGCAUCACACCCUAUCUGAUGGUCCACCUGGUUACCUUGUGAACCUUAAUAUAUCAAUUUUUACUUUAUUGAUAGAACAAUAGAAAUGUUUGUUAAACACAGAUGGCAAAUCCAUGGAUUCCAUAAGUUGAAAAAAUUAAAUUGCAACUAGAGUUAGUGGAUUGUUAGGGAAUUAAUCCAUAAAUCAGUGGUUUACCAUUUGGAUUGCCCCCAUUUCAUAAUUGUUGGCAAUAUAUUGCAUUAUAUAAUUGGAACCAUCUGAAAUUUUUUUAUUUGUAUUCACAGACUGGUUUCCUGGGAUGAGUAUUUAAGAGAGCAGGCUCUGUACAUUUUAGCUGCAAGACCAAAUUAAAGUAACUAGUUGUUGUGGUGGACACAAGACUCACACUAGUGAUACAGUCUGUUGCCGUUUCCAGUCAGCUCAGAUCGCAGUCACUUUUACUUCUGGUCUGUACAUUAAAACUUCUAAAUUUUCACCAACAGAUGGUUCAUUUAGUUUCCUUGGUUAAAAAUAUUCAAAGCAUGGCAUAUCCUGAAUAUAAUGUCUAAUUUUUGCAAAAAUUUGAAUUUAAGAUUCCUAGUUUUCAGCAAACUACAGUGAUUCAGACUUUCACCUUCAUUAUGCUUACACUUUGUGUUUUUGUUGUUUGGAGAAAAUCAGUGAGCCAAUGCUUUUUGCAUGAUUCUUUAUUUUUUAUUUCAACUGUACUAUCUAAAGGGUUUUCAUUGCAAAGGGUGAGGGUUUGGGACAAAUACACAUAAAUGAAAAAGGCAGUAAUUUUUGGCUGAUGACUGCAUGCAGGGCAACAUACUAUAACUUGAAGGACUGGCAUGCAAAGUAACUGUUUUUUAAAACAACAUUGUGUUUCACAAGAAAGAGUGUGUUAGUUUAUAGAUAUUUUUUUUGUAACAAGAGGUGAAUGACUAUUAUCAUGAUAUGCAAGUACUUUGCCUACCAUAUUCCCUCCCCUCCUCCUUGGCCCAGUAAUUUUCUCUUCUCAUCAUUAGUCUUCUUAGAGGGUAAAAUAGUUUUGCUGAUGAUCUUCAAGAAAAAUCAAUGUGACAGCCAUUCAUUAAAUUUGUGAUUGUUAGGUAACUACAUAGUCCUAAGGAGCUUUCUGAAGAGUCUCUCUCAGUGUAACUGAAGUGUCAACUUGCAAGGGUGUUUAGUCGGUUUGUUCCCAGAAGUAAAUUGAAGUCAACUGUCUGAUCCUGACCAUGUUUAUAUUAUUAGUUUAUCAUUUCCAGCUUAAAAUUUUGAUUUUCUGCCACCACAGUGACUACUUAUCUUGCAAUAUAAAAUGGAUCUGCUUUCAGCAAUUAACUUGAAAAUGUAAAUUACAAGUUUGUGGAUUUGACAUUUGGUUAAGAUAAACAGUGAACAAGCUUCAAAGCUAGUUGGUUCAGAGUAGCAUCUUGGUUAGGCAUGGGUUGUAGAGAGACCCCAGAAAAUGCGUAACUGCAACUGGAAAGGAUAACUUUUUAGUUGCACUAGUUUAACAAUCAGCCUUUGGACACUUUGAGAACUGAAGUAGACCAGAAACUAGAAUGUAUGGUUACUGCUUGGAAGGAAAGAGUUUCCAUAGUUUGCCAAGAACAAAAUCAUCAAAUUGUGAGGCACCUUACAAAUUGACAACUAUCCAUAUGGAAAGCACAAAGAUGUAAGAAGUCCUCAAGUGUUUUCCAAGGUGAUCAUGUUUCUAAUUAUCAAGUUAUCUGACAAGUGUUGACAGUCACUGCUGUGAUUUCUUUAGUUGAGCUAAAUUUUUCCAAAAUCUGCCAGCCUCACCCAGGUACUAAAGUGCAUUUGAUGUUUUUAUUAAUUGGAAAUUUUCUUCAAAAGUUAGUGUUGCACUUGUAAAUGUCCCCUGAUGAAAUAUUUUAACCCCAAAGUGAACACAUUUUGGAAAACUUUUCUCAAGUGCAACCCCUGCCUGAAAAAAAUUAGUAAUUAAGCAUUCUCCUAGGAUACCAGGGAAUUAAAAAGGGGAAAAGAUUCCUUACACCCACGUGACAUAUACGCAAGGCUGUGUAAAGUUUUGUAUAUAAGCACAACUUGAGCAGCUGCAAAGAUUAACCACCUUUAUUUUCAAAACAAUUAUGAAUAAAAAAUUAUAACCCACUGAAAAUACAUAGUUUU